AUAUUUAUAGCAAAUGUAAAGAAUUGUAUACAUAUACUACUUCCAGUGUGACUUCUAGGUGUAACGUUUAAUAAGUUUUAGUGACAUAUGAAUCAUUACUGGGAUACCAUCUUGCAACGUACGAUUUCGCUACAUUGAUGAUUAAUUGUGUAAUAUUUAAAUCGAUGUGUAUUGUAACGUAAGAAGUGUAAAAAAGUGCUGAAUUGUGUUAGAAUAUCCUUGUUCUGAACAAGUUCGUAUUAUUUUCCGGGAGUUAAGGAGAAAGGACUAAUAUGGCUACAAACUUCUCAACUUUGCUGAACUCUGCUAUGGACUGCAUUGGUUACUCGAAAACAAUGAUUGUUUCAAGAAAGGAAUUAUGUAAUAAAUACGUUAGCAACUAUAGCCAGACAUGCUCAGGACAUCUUGGGGGAGAAGUGAUGCUCGCCGGAAGUAAAUCGGAAGGAGUCCUUCCUUUCUACGCUAGUGACUUCGACUAUAUGACUGUACUAAACACUUGUGUUUGUGUUGAUGUUGGUUGUCAAGAAGAUGGUUUAGUCGUCAUUGAAACAUACAAUAAAGGAUGCCCGCCUGGGUAUACUAAAUUGAAAUUAUUGAAUACUGAAAAUACAUUGACAGCUGUUAUUUUGCAUAUGUGCUCAGUGUAUGACAUUUCAAAAGGUGUUGUUUUAUUAAAAAGCACUGACCUCCAACACAUACGAGCCUUGGAUUACGUCGCCAUGCCUUCUUAUCAAGGUCUUGGAAGAAAAUGUUUAAGUGUUACUGGGCCAGCGAUAUCACUAACGAUUCAACCUGAGGUUGUAAAAGGUAUGAAAACUUCUAAUAUAUAUGUUGACCAAGUGUUGGCUAUACGUUUAUAUUCCUCUUCAGUUCUUCAAGAGUGGAAGGAGCGCAAGAGGGUAUUUGAAUGGCCGUCUCCUGAUAAUAUACAAGAUAUUUCAACAAUGGAAGGAUAUGUUGUUCCUGUAGGUCCAAAGUAUAGUGAGGAACAAAACUUUGAAUGGAGAAUAUGUUAUACGACUGCCGAACGGAAACUUGUUUCCAGUUUAAGUGAAGUACAACUUAAGCUGUAUAUAUUAUUUAAAAUGGUAAACAGAGAAAUGAUUAAACCUAAAGUGGACUGUGUAAGCUCAUACAUAAUCAAAAACAUCAUUUUCUGGACAGUUGAAUGUUCACCUGCGGAUAUAUUUACUCCUUCCAAUCUAAUACAUACGUUGUUACAAUGUUUGCGGUUUCUAUUACAUUGUUUACAUAAUAAUUAUCUCCCCAAUUACAUGAUACCAAGUCGAAAUCUUUUACUUGGCAAGAUAGAAAGCGAACAGAAACCAAAACUUAAAAACCGUCUUCGAGAUAUUUUGAACGAAGGAGAGAAAUGUGUCCUUAAAUGUAACAAGCUGGGGAAUGCUAUGUUUAUAAUAGACAGUAACCGUUCUUUGGCGUCAAGAUUUAGAGUAUGGAGGGACGAAGUUGAAGAGCUGUAUCUCAUAUUUACUUUAAAAAUGAUCUCUAAAAUGCAGCCAAGUAUGUUGUGUCAGUCUACCGUCUUUUAUGAUCUACUUUUUGAAUUUUGGAAAGACGAAUCAUUUAUGAACAUAAUUACAAAACUGAUGAAUCUUUUGUCCAUUGAUGGCCGAUCAUUACUAGGAAAUUUUUUUCAAAACUUUGAAGAAAUUGAUACUUGGAUGAAACAAUUGUUUUCAUAAAUUAAAGUAUGCCCCAUAACUGAUUAAGAUAAAUACUAAAUAAAUGCUGUUUAUCAGACUGCGCGUACAUAUUCUUUAUAAAGUCACAGAUCUAUUUUCAUAUUGUAUCUUUGACAGGACCUUUUACACACGAAGUGCACCUUUUCUUGCAUUAUAUUAAAAUAAAAUGGAACUGGAUACAGCAACUCAAGUUGCAUUAUAUUCGCAGUGUACGCUUGUUUACACGAUGUUUAAAAAUAACAUCAUUUUAAAUUAAAAGCAAGAGUUAACUUGUCUAUUGAUGCUGUUUCUCAGUUCAAGCGAAUGAUCUACAAGUCAAAAGACAAAAACACUUAUAUAUGCCGACAUGAGUUCGUCACCUCUGAUCGAUUGUUGUAAAAUUGUUAGUUUGUUUUGCUUUGCAAAGAACAGGAAAUACGCAAAUAAUUUUACAGAUAAGAAGGCUCUUCUGAAAACCGUAAACCUCCAAACGGUAAAUUGAUUAAGUGAAAUGUGCUGAGAUUACUUUUUUCAACUGAUAAAUGGCUACAUUCGUAUUUUAUCUAGGAAAACUGUCGAACGCUUUUUUUCUUUCUUUUUUGUUUGUUUUAUUUUUCUCGCGUUAUGUUACUUCCUAUGACCGUUGUUAUUAGCACAUGACGAAUUUUCUCUUUAGUAAAUGAUUCAACUUCAAUCAAAACAACUUAUAUCAUUAUCUUAAAACGAAGGAUUAUUGAAAGGGUAUUUUUUUUAAUCGCUUCAUAAUAUACAAACACAUGCGCAUGACCACAGGCAGACACACAUACAAAGAGAAUUCUUUCAUCAAAUGAAAGGUAAAUCAUAAGCAAUAUUUGUCUUCAACUCCCAGUAUAGCAUUCACGUGUGUUGAAAGUGUAUAGCUCUUUAUUAUAUACCUAUAUAAAGUCUGUAAAAAACAUCGGCUUGUAUUUCACAAUUACAUAUGAACAGACAGACAAAAAUUCCGUAUUGUACCUUUUAAAUUUCGCAUUGUACCUUCCGUAUUGUAUGCUGCCGGACUAUUUUCAUUCAUAUGCAUAACCCGAGACAUUUCUAUAAAUAGCGCACAUAAAAACUUCAGUAAGUUCCCUUUAUUAUAUACAUGUAAUAAUAUCGUUCAACAUUAAAGAUUUCAUUCAAGAACAAAACAAGAAUCAAAAUGGUAAAGGUAUAUAAUAAAAGGGUCAUUAUAACAGUAGCUAAAUCUGG